UAUAUCGACUGAUUUAUAAAAGCGAAUGUUAUAUAUUAUUGUAUAAAAACAAACGAAUUGUAUGUAAUAUCUUAAGUUUUUUAUUUUAAUUAAUUUUAGGAAUGGGAUUUACAGUUUUGUUUGUUAUUUUCUGUCUGGUGUUCGGCGUGUUUUGGAGUUUCGAAUCCCUGUUAUGCUUAUUACUUGCGCUUUUUAUAUGCGUAUUGUAUGACAUGUAUAACAUUAUAAAAAGAAUCUUCUACAUCUGUUACUACAAAAUUACAAGAAGGUUUAGUCCUAAGAAAUUAAUGGACGCAAAUGGGUUCAAAGUUAUGUGUCUUCCAACAGACGUAGACAUGAACUUACAUCUAACAGAAAGUCGUCUGCUACAAGAAUGUACAUUUGCUCACACAAAAUUUUGGACUGAGAAUUUCAUGUACGACGCUUUGUAUUCCCGACAGGCAGCAAUACAUGUAGCAGGGCGGUAUAUACGCUACAAAUAUCCAAUAAAGUUGUUUGAAAGCUUUGAAAUAAUUUCUCAUGUCAUUUCCUGGGAUGAAACUGCAUUUUACGUGUCACAGUAAGUUCUUAGAUAUACUGAUAAGUGUUUAUGCGCCACCAUUUUAUCCGUGCAUCACCUAGAAGGAACUGAAGUGUCUACUCUAAUUGGAAGUAAAGAUAAAACCGUAGAAUUCCAGAAAAAUGAUUACGUAAAUGUGACACAGAGCUUUCAAGAAUUUCACUCUACAUAUUUCAAAAAGGUCAAACACAAAUGGAAAAGUGUGUGAGAAUAUUACAAAAAUACACCCGUUUGUUUAUAAAAAGAUGGUGUUGGCAUCAAAUAUGAGUUAAAUCAGCUUAUAAGUAAAAAUACAAAUAUUGGUGUCUAUAGUAAUUAGAGGAAUUCUGAUUUUCUGUGGCUUUAUGGUACCAAAUUUGUCAACUGUAUGAUCGGAAAAAAGCGCCAAAUUUACCUUCAAACAUGGAACUUUCUAUUACAAAAAUAGUCACAGAGCCGUACUUUGAAAGCAUGUUUAGCGCACAUUUAGGUUAUUUAGAGAAAACAUUUCAAUAAAAAUA